GAGGACCCACACUUAUCUUCUCCAAAGGCUCGUCCGACAUCGGCAUCCACCUUUGCCCACGACAUCGCUGUCCUAUCAUCUUCAACCUCCAACGCUGCUGACCUUACGAGCUAUCCCAGCCAACUAUGCCUCUCGCACCACCGAUCAACAUUCCGAAAUGGCUCGAGCAGAACAUCCACCUGCUCAAGCCGCCCGUGGGCAACUACUGCCUCUACCGCGAGAAGGACUUUACCGUCAUGGCUGUCGGUGGGCCGAACGAGAGGAACGACUACCAUGUCAACGAGACUGAGGAGUGGUUUUACCAGUACAAGGGCGACAUGCUCCUACGCGUUGUGGACGGCGAGGAGUUCAAGGAUAUUCAGAUAAAGGAAGGGGAUAUGUUUUUGCUUCCUGGUAACACGCCGCACAAUCCCGUCCGGUUCGCAGACACGAUCGGGAUCGUCAUCGAGCGCGUCCGCCACGAGAAAGCCAUCGACACGUUGCAGUGGUACUGCCGCGAGCCGGGGCACGCACAGCCCAAGAUCAUUCACAAGGAGAGCUUCCACUGCACCGACCUUGGCACGCAGCUCAAGCCCGUCAUCCAGCGCUGGCAGCAGAGCGAGGACCUCAGGGUGUGCAAGGGCGCGGACGGCUGUGGUGCGGUUGCACUGCCGAAGUGA